CCCCCCCCCCCCCCCGCCCCUGACGGCAUCAGUUCACAACCUGCUGCAACAACAAUCUCAGAUCGCCACCGCCGUCACCACGCCAUCAUACGGAUAGUGAUCAUCCCAGCGCCGCCAUCUUCCAACAUCAACAACCCUCACGCGACCCUCGCUGCCUCCAUCGUCAACGAUUAGGAGAGAAAGGUUUUAGAUUUUGAAGGGAUAGAAGGCAAUUGGAGAUAAAAGGAUCCCAAAUCCUUAACUUAUCAAAGUCUCAUAGGAAGGGAAAUUGAAGGAGUUCAUGCGAUACUUUAUGAUGAUUAAGCAUAUUUCGAGUUCCAGGUCGAGGCAGGAAUUAAAUUAUAAAUGAAACCUCAAACUUUCUUCUAAACUUCCUGCUGUAAUGGUGUUAAAAACCAAUCUCGUGCGUCACAGAAAUAUUUCAAAUGGAGACACAGAAAAGUCAACCAGAAAAACAGCAAUCACCUGCAUCCCUGGAUCCUGCUGUAACUUCAUGUCGUAAAAAGAAGAGGGAUGAUGCUACUUUUUUGGAGGAUGUGAAGGAUCACAUCGAUGAGUUCAUUCAUGCGUCUAUGGAUGAGCACAAGUCUUGUUUUACGAAGACAAUCAAGAAGAUGUUUGGAUUGUCAAAGACUGUUGCUGAGAGGAGUUCUGAUGCGAAGGAAGUUGAAAGUUCUCUGCCUCUUCGAACUAUAGUGGCAGAGUAGAAUGUCUUCACCCUUACUGUAAAUUUGUAAUAGCUCAUGAUGCUAGUUUGAGUUAUGGUUUAGUUUGUCAUAAAAGAGUUGCGACAUCAGUAUUUAGUGCAGCUUGUUAAUUUCACAUUACUAUUAGAUAUAUCACCGUUUUUUACUUUACAGU